CGUAUUCAAAGGUGAAAAACCUUGCUUUGUUUCAUGUUUAGUGACUCAGAGUUACAGAACUUGGCCUUUUCCCCUGCCCACAUCCGCUGACUCAGAUUUGUUCUAUCUAUCAUUUUUCCACGUUCUGACCUUCUUCUAUGAGAUUCUCGGAGAAGCUGGUAGAAACUUCUCCCGCUGACGUCACCACGCAGAGCUCACCGCGGAGCACUCUGAUUGGACGAGAGUCACGGGAAAGCUCGAGAACUCACGAGAAGUCAGCGAGGAACGUAUAAAGUCACCGUGCCGGUUAGAGACUCUGACAUCAGACCACCGACAGGAGCUGGACGAGACAAAUGCUACAGAGGAGAAGAACAAGAGCUUCAUUCAUCUUCUAAACGAUCUUCAUCUGUCAGCGAGAGAGACUAAGUCAACGUAAUCAAGAUGUCUUCAGCUAAAGGCGUAGCGAUCGGCAUCGACCUGGGCACCACCUACUCCUGUGUGGGGGUUUUCCAGCACGGGAAAGUAGAAAUCAUCGCCAACGACCAGGGCAACAGGACCACCCCCAGCUAUGUGGCCUUCACAGACACCGAGAGGCUCAUCGGGGACGCAGCCAAGAACCAGGUGGCUCUGAACCCCAGCAACACUGUGUUUGAUGCCAAGAGGCUGAUUGGAAGAAAGUUUGAUGAACCUGUGGUGCAGGCGGACAUGAAGCACUGGCCCUUCAAGGUGAUUUCAGAUGGAGGGAAGCCCAAAAUCGGAGUGGAGUACAAAGGGGAGGACAAGACCUUCUACCCCGAGGAGAUCUCCUCCAUGGUGCUGGUGAAGAUGAAGGAGAUCGCAGAGGCCUACCUGGGCCAAAAGGUGUCCAACGCUGUCAUCACGGUCCCGGCAUACUUCAACGACUCCCAGCGACAGGCCACUAAAGAUGCGGGCGCCAUCGCGGGCCUCAACGUCCUGAGGAUCAUCAACGAGCCCACGGCGGCCGCCAUCGCCUACGGUCUGGACAAAGGCAAGUCAGGAGAGAGGAACGUCCUGAUCUUUGACCUGGGUGGGGGCACCUUCGACGUGUCCAUCCUGACCAUCGAAGACGGUAUCUUUGAGGUGAAGUCCACGGCCGGAGACACCCACCUGGGCGGAGAGGACUUUGACAACCGUAUGGUGAACCACUUUGUGGAGGAGUUCAAGAGGAAGCACAAGAAGGACAUCAGCCAGAACAAAAGAGCCUUGAGGAGGCUGCGCACAGCUUGUGAGAGGGCCAAGAGGACCCUGUCCUCCAGCUCCCAGGCCAGCAUCGAGAUCGACUCUCUGUUUGAGGGCGUCGACUUCUACACCUCCAUCACCAGGGCUCGCUUUGAGGAGCUAUGCUCCGACCUGUUCAGGGGAACCUUGGAGCCGGUGGAGAAGUCCCUGAGGGACGCCAAACUGGACAAGGGACAGAUCCACGAUGUCGUCCUGGUGGGAGGCUCCACCCGAAUCCCCAAAAUCCAGAAGCUGCUGCAGAACUUCUUCAACGGCCGGGAGCUGAACAAGAGCAUCAACCCAGACGAGGCCGUGGCUUACGGCGCCGCCGUCCAGGCCGCCAUCCUCUCGGGCGACACCUCUGGCAACGUUCAGGACCUGCUGCUGCUGGACGUGGCGCCUCUGUCCCUGGGUAUCGAGACGGCCGGAGGGGUUAUGACGGCCCUGAUCAAACGCAACACCACCAUCCCCACCAAGCAGACCCAGACCUUCACCACCUACUCCGACAACCAGCCCGGCGUCCUGAUCCAGGUCUACGAAGGAGAGAGAGCCAUGACCAAGGACAACAACCUGCUGGGCAAGUUUGAGCUGACGGGGAUCCCGCCCGCCCCGCGAGGCGUCCCGCAGAUUGAGGUCACCUUCGACGUUGACGCCAACGGCAUUUUGAACGUGUCUGCAGUGGACAAGAGCACCGGCAAAGAGAACAAGAUCACCAUCACCAACGAUAAGGGCCGACUGAGCAAAGAAGAGAUCGAGAGGAUGGUGCAGAACGCAGAGAAAUACAAAGCUGAGGACGACCUUCAGAGGGACAAAAUCGCCGCCAAGAACUCCCUGGAGUCCUACGCCUUCAACAUGAAGAGCAGCAUGCAGGACGACAACCUGAAGGGCAAAAUUAGCGAGGAGGACAAGAAGAAGGUGGUCGAGAAAUGUGACGAGGCCAUCGCCUGGCUGGAGAACAACCAGCUGGCUGAUAAAGAGGAGUACCAACACAAGCAGAAAGAGCUGGAGAAAGUGUGCAACCCCAUCAUCAGCAAGCUGUAUCAGGGAGGGAUGCCCACUGGUGCUACCUGUGGAGAGCAGGCACGAGCCGGCUCCCAGGGUCCCACUAUUGAGGAGGUGGACUAAAGAGGCCCUGAAGAUGGACUCUGAGCUCACUGGGACUGUUGAACACUCACAUCAGACUCUUUAGCUGUGGGCCACAAAAUAAACUUUUAACAUAUUUUAAGGCGAGAAAGCAGCGGUGUAAAUUACAAAUAUCUGCUCGGUUUAUCAAUAAAUCGUAUAUUUGCAAAAGUGUGCCGACGUUUUCGGAGACAUCUGUUACCCACCCGCUCGAUAGCAGGCCGGGGGGUUCAAUGGUCACUCCAGCCGGCAGCGGACUCCCGGCUUCAUCGUUUUCAGACCCCCGCUCUUUUGCUACUCAGGUUAAACAUGAUAUAUUAGUCACUCAGAUAACUUAAAGAUGUAAUUGUUUGCCUUUUUGGGUGUUUUAUUUGUUCUGGAGUAAAUCAGUUUGGUUGAGAUCAAAGUUAUUAGAUUAAAUAAACUUUAAUAAUCCAUCGACUGGGUUCCUCCAGGAUUUUCACACAGCUGAAUAAACGUCAAACAGAAAACUGAUUAAACAGAAGUG